AUGGAGCUCACGCCUGACUUCCUCCACACCGCCGCCGAGUCCUAUAAUGCUGAGAUACGCGCCGUCGACUUCGCCGAGGGUGAUAGGAAGAAGAUCAGGAAAGAGAUCAACAAGUGGGCGGCGGCGGCGACGAACAAUCUCAUCUCGGAGAUCCUGCCGGAGAGGUCAUUGUCCCAACUUUCAAGGUUCGUGCUCACCAACGCCAUCUACUUCAAGGGUGUCUGGGAGACCCGCUUCCCCCAAAAGCUCACCGAGAACAGCCAGUUCUACCGCCUCGGCGACGCCGACCCAGUCCACGUCCCCUUCAUGACCCUGCCGGGAGAAUGCAAGCUCUUCGCCUCACAGGGCAAAGGCUUCAAGUUGCUCAAACUCCCGUACAAGGCCGGUGAUUCCUCCACCUCCCCUGCCGCUAUGUCGUCGCGGUACUCCAUGUGCGUCUUCCUCCCGGACGACAACGACGGGCUGCACGCCAUGGUCACCGCUCUGGCGGAGGUGGGCGGCUCUCUGCUCGACCACGUGCCCAAGCACCGUAGCAGCGUGAGGAAGCUAAUGCUGCCCAAGUUCAAGAUGUCAUUCUUCUGCCGCCUCGCCAAAGUCCUACAGGGCCUCGGACUCCGGGAUGCAUUCAGUGAGAGUGCGGAUCUCUCCGGCCUCGCGACGAAGAUCGACUGCGACGUGCGCCUGGACGAGGUGUUCCACAAGGCCGUCCUCGAGGUGAACGAGGAAGGCACCGUGGCUGCAGCCUGCACGGCCGUCACUGGACGCGUGAAGCAGUGUGCGAGGAGGCCGAUGGAGUUCGUCGCCGACCACCCGUUCGCGUUUUAUAUCGUCGAGGAGGUAUCCGGGGCCGUGGUCUUUGCCGGUCAUGUCCUUGACCCUUCCAGCCCACAGUAGUAAUAAGGAGUAGUAAUGUCAUUCGAGCUCCUAGUUGAUUUAGUAUUAUGUCUCAUACAACAAUAAUAGAUAAUACUAGGAAAUAGACUAA